AUGCCUCCAAAAGGCGCGAAGCCUACGAGCGAUGAGCUCCUCGCCCAGUUCGACGAUCUCGGCAUCGACUCGACGACAGAGAAGCAACCAUCGAAGCCGACAGCUGCAUCCACUACCGCACAGUCCGAAGAAGAUAUCCUGGCUGAGCUGGAUAAUCUAGCUUCGCAGCGCCCAAGCAGUGGGCCCGGUACUCCACGACUGUCAACGAACGAGCCUAGACCAGCCACCAAAUCACCCAAGCCAGCAGCAGUAGCUACACCUCGAUCUAGCGAAGACAAAUCGGCCCCUCGUAAGUCUGGGGAGAAUGUUCGGUCAGCCCCUACUGGAAACAAGCCAACAACUACACAACCGUCAGAGCAAGAGAAGCCAAAGGCGCAGGAGGCACACGCCAGCGGAGGUGGAGGAUGGUGGGGAGGUAUUUUUGCAACGGCCACUGCUGCUAUGAAGCAAGCCGAAGCUGCAGUCAAGGAGAUUCAGCAGAAUGAGGAGGCCCAGAAGUGGGCGCAGCAAGUGCGAGGGAAUGUUGGAGUUCUCAGAGACCUAGGUGGCGAGCUCAAGAACAAGGCCCUGCCUACAUUUACAUCUCUGCUUCACACCAUUGCGCCUCCAAUUUCCUCUCAUGAACGGCUCCAAAUACAUGUCACUCACGAUAUCUCCGGAUACCCCGCUAUCGACCCUAUCGUUUACUCCGUUUUUUCGCGCGUAAUGGCACAGGUCGAAGGCGGAGACCUCCUCGUCAUCCAACGCGGUCAAGAAUCCGCCCCGAAACGCGGACUUGACCUUGGAACCUCAUUCUCCACCGCAGGCUGGCAAGAUGGCCCAUGGUGGCGCACUGUCACACCUGGAACUCCCCGCAGUAUCGCGGCCGUCCGAGGCACCGUGGAGGCCACCAAGCUUGCUCGGGCAAGUGCAGAAUCAUAUGCUACCGAGUAUUUUGCCUCGAGGGGCGGGGUUGAAGCAGCUGCGAAACAAGCAACUCAAGACUUGAGCGAAUCCAACCCGGUCCGAAGCAGCGACAUUUUCCUAGCUAUCCAAGCCAUCAGUCAAACUUCGUCAACGGAACUUUUCCAGGCUGGCCCGGCGACGGAGAUGGCGUCCCCUCCUGGGGUGGUUGACGUUCCCGAGGCGACGGAAGAGGAGGUCGCAUUCGCCCUUUACCUCCAUGACCCCAUCCAUGGCAUUGCUUUCCAUACUAUCUCCCAGACCAUUCCCCAAAAAUGGAUCGAUUGGCUGGAUGCCGAGGCUCCGGCUAUCGCAGAUCCCAGCGCCGAGGACGCGAAGGUACCACGCACGACCAUCCCUGAGGAUAUUGCUGAGAUUGUUGCCAGCGGAGGUGUCGAUCCCCGCGAAUGGGUGGCAGAAUGGCUUGAAGAAUCCUUGGCAUUGGCUGUAGGAGUUGUUGCACAGCGUUACGUGGCUCGGAGAAUGGGUGUUGGUGAAGGGGGUUCCGGUAAGGGCAAGAUGCGAGCUGAACAGGCGUCGGUCGUAGAGAGUGGUGCAGGAGAAGCUGCAAGAGCGCUCUAG